AUGGCUACCAUUUCCAAAAUGUGGAGCGACAAGGACGAAGUUGCAGCCUGGCCGAGUCCGGCCACUCCGAAGCAGUCAGUGCCGCCCACCAGAGAUACUGUCGGCAGCCCACCGCCCUCGCAGUCAUGGCAGAGUGUGAUUACCAAGAACGACACUGCGCACCGGGCGCGCGGCCAGGAUGCGAAGGCAAAGAAGAUGAUCAAGAUAAAUCUUCUGAACAUCGUCAUUCUGAACGACUACGAGAACAUCAAGCAAUUCUUCUACAGAAAGGAAUUUAUGUACCGAUCACAUAUUUUUGCGGGUUAUCGUGACAGCUACAAAGACGCCUACCUGGUCGGAAACAUAAACACGUUCCUCAUGGGCGCAACCUUCAGCACCAACAUGACAAUGACGUGGCACAUGAUAAACUUUGCAAAAAACCCAGACACGGUGCAAGCGCGGGUGCAGCGGGAAAUUGACGAGGUGGUCGGACAAGAACGGCGGCCGACAUGGGAGGACCGGAAGCGGAUGCCGUACACGAUGGCCUGCGUCUGGGAACUUGAACGAUGGAAGACUCCCUCUGCGCUGGGCGUGGCAAGAGAGUGCGCCGAGGAUGCUGUUGUUGGUGAUAUCUUCAUACCGAAGGGCGCAGUAGUUCUUCCGAACAUGUGGGCGGUUCACAAUGACGCCCGUCUUUGGAAGGAGCCGACGAAGUUUCUUCCUGAGCGCCACCUCAGUGAAGAUGGAAAAUCGCUUUUGCACAAGUCCCAACACUCUAUUCCAUUUUCGCUCGGUCAACGAGCUUGCGCAGGGGAGACUUUCGCCAAAAUGGAGAUAUUCCUCUUAAUCACGUUUCUGCUCCAAAAAUACCGUGUCUUGGCUGAGAACCCCAUCGAGUGUGACUUGACUGCUCCUGAUACUGAAAUCUGGAACAUCAUUAACAUCAAGCUGCGCUUUCUACCAAGACUGGUUGGCAAUAUUUAG